AUGACCACCACACUCCUCUUUGGCGAUCAGACCGCCGAGGUCCUGCCCUCCAUCGAGUCCCUCAAUGCCCAUACUCUGUACAGUGCGGCCCUGCGCCAGUUUUUUGACAAGAGUACGGACCGUCUGCGGGCAGCCAUUGCGCGUCUGCCGGCCGCGGAUCGUCGCCAGUGCCCGGCCUCGUUUACGUCGCCGCUGGAGCUGGCCCGAUGGGCCGCCAGUCCAGCCAGCGACGGUGUCUCGGGAGGCAUCCCAGGAGGCAUCCCAGGAGGCAUCUCAGGAGGCACGCUCCUCCGCAAGAUCAGCCCGGCCCUGUCGGCAGCUCUUCUGUGCAUGGCCCAACUCGGGCACGUCAUUGUCGACCUCGAAAAGAAUCCCCGCCGCUUGGCGGACACGGCCAUAUUGGGCACCUGCACGGGCCUCCUGGCCGCCGUUGCCGUUGCUUGUUCGGACAGCGUGGCCGAUGUGCUGGCCAUUGCCGACCAUAUGGUCGUGCUCGCGUUUCAUGUUGGCUACGAAGGCGUACACCGCACGGCCCGCCUCGACGACACGGCCGGCGCCUCCUCGACCACCACCGCAGCCUGGGCCACACUCGUGACCAACAUCACGGCCGACCGCGCUGCCAUCGAUGCAGCACUGGCCGAUUUCAAUCAAAAGCGCGUGCUGGCCGCCGACCGCCGGGUGUACAUUUCGUCGGCGUCCUCCACCUCAUCGUCAGUCAUCACAUUGAGCGGCCCGCCGUCAACAACCGCGGCUCUCUUUGCAACGGAGCCUGCCGUUUUUCAAGGCACCAAGCGCAUUCCGCUUCCCAUUGCCGCCGCAUUCCAUGCCGAGCACCUGCCGCCGUUGUCUGCAAAACACAUCCUCGACAAGGUCGUCCCCAAAGACGCCUCGUCCGCCUUCCUGCGCCGCUCCUUGCGACCGGACGUCACACUCUUGGCCGCCCGCGCAGAUCGCCCGCAGUACACCAGUACGGCCAUGGCCGACCUCCUUGCCGACGUCAUCCACGACAUUUUCCAGACACCCAUCGAUCUCGGCGCCGCCAUGCAGAGCCUGGCUAGCCUGGCGGUCACCGACAAGACGACCAGCGUGACACUGGUCUCCUUUGGGCCCAUCAACUCGGCCAAGGCCAUUGCACGGUGUCUGACAGCCCAAGGUAUCACCAUCCACACCGAGGCCGAUCCGUCAUCAACGCUGCCCACCUCCACAUCGGCUCCCUCUCCGUCGGGAGCUGCCUGGCCCCCGCCGCCGGGCGACAACGCCAUUGCCAUUGUCGGCAUGGCCAGCCGGCUGCCCGGCAGCGAGACUCUAGAAGAGUUCUGGCAGGUACUCGAGCAAGGCCGCGACCUGCACGAGCCGAUCCGGCCGGACCGCUUCGACGUCAACACCCACUGCGACCCCACCGGCCAGCGCCGCAACACGACCCUCACACCGUAUGGUGUGUUUAUCGACCGCCCGGGCUUCUUUGACACGCGCCUCUUCAGCAUGUCCCCGCGCGAGGCCGCCCAGACCGACCCGGGCCAGCGUCUUCUGCUGCUUACCACGUAUGAGGCUCUCGAGAUGGCCGGCUACGCUCCCGGACGGACGCCGUCGACAGCGGCCCGCCGCAUCGGCUCGUUUGUCGGCCAGACGGGUGACGACUACCGCGAGGUCAACGCCGGCCAGGACGUCGACACGUACUUUAUCACAGGCGGCAUCCGCGCGUUCGGACCGGGCCGGCUCAACUACCACUUUGGCUGGGAGGGCCCCAGCUACUCGGUCGAUACCGCCUGCUCGUCGAGCGCCGCGUCCAUCCAGCUGGCCUGCACGGCGCUGCUGGCCCGCGACUGCGACACGGCCGUCGCCGGCGGCGUCAACCUGCUGACCACGUCCGACUUUUUUGCCGGCCUGAGCCGAGGCAGUUUCUUGUCCAAGACAGGCGGCUGCAAGACGUUUGAUGCGGAUGCAGACGGCUACGUGCGCGCCGACGGCGUGGCCGUGGUUGUGUUGAAGCGGCUCGCCGACGCCGUCGCCGACAACGACAACGUUCUGGGCGUCAUCCGCUCCGCCGUGACCAACCACUCGGCCGAGGCCAUCUCCAUCACGCAUCCGCACGCGGCCACCCAGGAGCGCCUGUUCCAGGCGACCCUUGACCGGGCAGGCCUGCAGCCCAACCACAUUGACUACGCCGAGCUGCACGGCACAGGCACGCAAGCCGGCGACGCCACCGAGUCCAAGUCCGUGACCAGCGUGCUCGCGCGCAACCGCGGCCCCGCCGAGCCACUGUACGUCGGCACCGUCAAGCCCAACCUAGGCCACGGCGAGGCCGCCAGCGGGGCCACGUCGCUCAUCAAGGUGCUGCUGAUGAUGCGCCACAACACCAUCCCACCGCACGUCGGCAUCAAGGGCCGCAUGAACCCAAAAUUGGCCCACCUGAAGGACCUCAACACCCACAUUGCCUUUCAGACCACGCCGUUCGUGCCGCGCGCUGGUGGUGACGGCAAGCGCCGCGUGCUGAUCAACAACUUUGACGCGGCCGGUGGCAACACGAGCAUCGUUCUGGAGGAUGCGCCGCUUCGACUCGAGGACGCCACAGCAAAACGCGAUCCGCGUUCGCAUCAUGUUGUUGCUGUUUCUGGACGCACAGCGACGGCUCUGGCCGGAAACACCCAGCGACUCCUUGACUACUUGCGCAGCGACGCAGCCUCCACUGUCCGCCUCGAGGAUCUGGCCUACACCACCACGGCUCGUCGCAUGCACCAUGGUCUCCGGCAGAUGCAUGUCGCGUCGUCGUUAGACGGCCUCAUCCGCAGCCUUGAGUCGGCUGGUGCUGCAGCGCCGGCUGCUACCAAGGUGCCCUCCAAGUCUUCGUCGGCCCCGUCCGUCAUCUUCUGCUUCACCGGGCAGGGUUCGCAGUACGCUGAAAUGGCCUCGGAGCUCUUUGCGACACAGCCUACCUUCCGUGAGACCAUGCUGGACUGUGACCGUAUUGCUGUUGGCCAUGGCUUUGAAUCCUUCCUGCCCCUGGUCGCUGGCGACGACGCCUUGGACAGUGCCCCGCCCGUUCAGGUCCAGCUGGCCAUUGUCUCCAUCGAACUCUCCUUGGCUGCCCUGUGGAAGUCGCUCGGUGUCGCCCCGGCAGCUGUCAUAGGCCACAGCCUCGGCGAGUAUGCUGCUCUUUGCACUGCGGGCGUCCUCUCUCUCAGCGAUUGCCUGUGUCUCGUUGGCCACCGGGCACGCCUCAUGCUCGCCAACUGCCAGCCGGGAACCCAGUCGAUGCUUGCCAUGGCGUGUGGUGUCGCGGAAGCCGAGUCCCUGUUGCUGAGCUCAUCCGGCUUUGGUCACUGCGAGAUUGCCUGUGCCAACGGCCCAUCGGCCACCGUCAUUAGUGGGCCCGCGGUUGAGGUCGCCGAACUUCAAAAAGUAGUUUCGUGCAAGACGACUUUGCUGGACGUCCAGUUUGCCUUCCACUCCGCUCAAAUGGACGCCGUUAUUGACGACUUUUCCAUCUUCACGGCCAAGGCGCACUACUCUGCGCCUUCGAUCCCCUUUGCGUCAACUUUGCUUGGGACGUUGCUUCCGGCUGUAGACGCCUCGCCAAGCCCCAUCGACAAUACCUACCUCGUGCGCCAGAUGCGCGACCGCGUACAGUUUGAGGAUGCCCUGCGGUCUCUGCUUGCAGACUCGUCCCUCCAGGCAGCGCAGGCUGUCUGGGUCGAGAUCGGACCCAGCCCCGUCUGCAUCGGUCUUGCCCGCUCCACUUUGGCGACAGUCGGUAACAACAAGUCGUCUGUGCUUUUGCCCUCUCUCAAGCGUGGCGAGAGUGACUGGAAGGUGGUCUCGCAGGCUGUUGCUCUCAUCUACGAGGCUGGCAUCGACAUUGACUGGCAAGAGUACCAUGCUGCCUAUGAAUCGUCGCUGCGCCUUCUCGAGCUGCCCACGUAUGCCUUUGACCUCAAGAACUACUGGAUCCAGUAUCGCGGUGACUGGGCACUUCGAAAAGGCGAUUCGGUCGACGCCACCAGCAGUGCAUCCGCUGGGCCACACCCCGGGCCAGCACCUGCACCAGCGGCGCCUUCCUAUCCACAGUUCAAGGCGACCACUGGCAUCCAUUGCAUCGUGUCGCAAACCAUUGGUGAUGCCGGGAUUGCCGUCACAUUCGCCACGGAUGCCAUCGAGCCUAAGCUCAACAAGGCGCUCCGCGGUCAUCUGGUCAACGGGGCCGGACUCUGUCCCAGUUCCAUUUUGGGCGACAUGGCACUCACUGCCGCCGUGUACAUCCGCCGCCUAUCACAAGCCAACAGCGCCAGGUCCUUCUCAUCCAUUGACCCCGAGAUGUGCAUGGACGUGCACAACAUGGGCAUCCAUAAGCCGCUCCUCGUGCAGCCUGGCGAGACAAAGCAGGUCAUUCACACGGCUGCAAAAUGGGACAUGUCAGCCAACACAGUGUCUGUCACGUUCAGCAGUCAAGACGGUCCCGAGGGCGUCGAGGUCGAGCAUGCCCACUGCGAGGUCGUGUUCGGCGACGGCUCCGCAUGGCAGUCUGCGUGGAGGCGCAAUGCCUAUCUGGUCCGGUCGCGCAUGGCCCAGCUCGUCGAGGCGUCCGGCCGUGGUCAGGCCCACAAGCUGCUGCGGCCCAUGGUGUACAAGCUCUUCGCGGCGUUUGUCGACUAUGCGCCCAAGUACCAAGGCCUUGAAGAGGUGUACAUGGACAGCCACGAGCUCGAGGCAGCCGCCAAGGUGCAGUUUCUGACCAGCGAGGCAGAGGACGGUACCUUUACGCUGAGCCCCUACUGGAUCGAUGGCCUUGCUCACUUGUCCGGCUUCAUCCUCAACGGUGCCGACACAACACCGGCCGACUCAGUCUUUAUUUCGCACGGCUGGGGCAGUCUGAAAGUUGUCGGUCAACUGUCAGCAGAAAAGUCGUAUCAAAGCUACGUCCGCAUGCAGGAGGAGCCUGGGAGUCGUGGCGUCCUGUCAGGCGAUGUGUACUUUUUCGACGGUGGUGACGUUGUCGCCGUGUGCGAGGAUCUCAAGUUCCAGCGUGUCAAGCGUUCAAUCCUGCCAUAUCUUUUACCCUCCGGAAACGACCAGGCAGCCACAAACCAGCCAGCCGUACAGCAGGUUUCACGGCCAACUGUUCCACGUGGUAAGACCGCGGCAAAGCCAACGCCGAAGACAGCAGCGCCUCCUCAAGCAAGUGCCGCUGUUUUCACUGAGAUUCUCGACGUCGUCGCAUCCGAAGUGGGCAUCGACGUGUCCGAGCUCACAGAUGAUGCUUGGUUUGCUGAUCUCGGCGUGGACAGCUUGCUGGCCAUCAGCAUCACUGCCAAGCUCAGCGCUCUUCUCGGCCGCCAGCUGCCGGCAACGUUGUUCACAGAGUACCUUGGCGUCAGCCAACUCCGCAGCUACUUUGCUGAAGAGUGUAGCACCGGGUCUUUGGAAAAUACAUCGCCCUCCGGCAACGGAGACGCCAGUGGCCCCUCGUGGUCCACGGCUCCUCCGUCAGACCUCGGCAAUAACGACAAUGACGAUGACGAUGACGACGACGAUAGCGGUGCCAGCAGCAAUGAGUCGCCCAGGCAGGCGUAUACGCCGGUUAGCAGCUUUGGCCAGACACCCAACUCGGACUCUGCCGACGGCCAGUCCACAGAGCUAUUUCGCAAAAUCAUUGCCGCCGAAGUGGGUGUAGAUCCAUCCGAGAUUGAGAAUGACACGCCGCUGGCUGAUUUGGGCGUCGACAGCCUUCUAUCUCUGUCAAUUCUUGGCACCAUCAAGUCUCAGACGGGCCGCAUCCUACCUUCCAGCUUCCUUCUCGACCACCAAACGAUCGGUGACAUUCAGAAAGUCUUGGGCGGGCAGUCGCACACGUCGCCGCAGGAACUCGCUCAAGCCGUCGCCCAAGCAGCAUCGCUGUGUAUCUCCAAGGAGGGCAGCGCAGCGUCCUAUCAAGCAGAGGCCAUCCUGCUGCAGGGAAGUCCGGGUCUUGGCGCCCCAGCCCUGUUUCUGCUGCCAGACGGUUCAGGCAGUGCCAGCAGUUAUGUCGGAUUGCCGCCGAUGGGUCUCAAGGGCGCCGUCUACGGCCUCAACAGCCCCUUUCUGAGCAAUCCCGAGGACUUUACCCUAUCGCUCCAGGACGUGGCUAGCGCAUACAUAAGCCAGAUCCAAAAGAUACAGCCCCGUGGUCCCUACCACCUGGGCGGCUGGUCCAUCGGCGGUUCUUAUGCCUUCGAAGUAUCUUCGCAACUUGCUCUUCGUCAUAAUGAAAAGGUGGCCAGCUUGGUAUUGAUCGACGCACCGUGUCCCAAGUCAUUGCCACCACUGCCUGCGGAAACAAUUGACCUUCUUGACACCAUCGGUGCGUUUGAUGGACUCAAGGGACGGGCCAACAAGAUGCGAGAAGGCGUCCGGGAUCAUUUUGCUGGGUCUGUAAACUCACUCAAGCAAUACAUUCCGGCUCCAGUUCCGCACUGGGCUGUGCCACAGUCGGUCACGGUGUUGUGGGCGCGUGAUGGCGUGUGGGAAACUGUUGGCGAGGCGGUACAGGACCAAUACCGACGGAAGCAGACGGGCACUAUCGGCGCGAACGCCGCACAAGACUGGAUCAUGGACCCGCGGGUGGACAAAGGUCCGAACGGCUGGAAAGACUUGCUGCCAGGAGCUCACAUUGUGUGCAAAGUGAUUCCCGGCGACCACUUUACCAUCAUGAGGAGGCCGGGCAUUGCCCAUCUCGGUCGUCAGAUAGCCCGCAGUGUCUCGGGGCAAGAGAUGGCAUGA